AGGGACUCCUGUACCAUUGUCGUUCUCGGUUACACUGCUCCUACUCCUAUUGACAGUGUCGGCCGAAAGUCUAGACUCAAUCAGAGUCAAUCUCGCCUCCUCAAGACAAAGACCAAAAAAAAUUCUCGUGAUAGGUGAGGGAUGCUGGUAUUACUCAUGGAUGGGCUUUAUGGUGUAAUAGACCCUGCUCCGUUGACUGUUAAAAGCCCAACCAGCUUCCUAUCGAAAGACCAAGUUCUAAUGAUAAUGGGCGACACCGGUAAACGUAUCAGCUCAGCCUCACGUAUAACUCAUGUUCCACAGGAGCAAGAGUUGAUACUUAUCAAAUUUCACGAAGGAGACCCACGGGAUCCAAGAAAUUUCUCUUAUGCGCAGAAGUGGACUAUCACUCUGUUAGCUUGUGUAUUCGCUGGAAUCACAGCAGCUGCAUCGUCAUCAUAUUCGAUCAGUUAUGAGUCAAUGAUGGGGGACCUGAAUUGUACUCGACUUCAGGCGACUUUGGGACUGAGCUUGUACGCGAUAGGUUUCGGGAUUGUCCCUUUGAUCUCUUCGUCAUUCGCUGAGGAGUGCGGCAGACGACCUGUUUACAUCAUGUCGUCUGCUUUGUUUUUUCUCGCUGAAGUUAUGAAUGCGUUGGCGCCAAAUAUACAAACUGUGGUUGUGUCGCGUGCACUACAAGGAGCCUUUGGUGCAUGUGGUGCAUCGUUGAUUGGAGGUAGCAUUGCUGAUAUAUGGCAGCCACACGAACGUGGAUUGCCAAUGUCUCUGUAUGCAUUCUCGUCCCUAUUCUCUUUCGGUCUCGGGUCAGCGCUUGGAGGACUCAUUUCUGCCAGUCCGCACCUCGGAUGGCGGUGGGUGCAGUGGGUGCAUGCCAUGUUCACUGGGGCAUUUAUGCUUGGCGUCAUCUUGGUGAUGAGCGAAACCCGUUCAUCGAUUAUUCUAGCCCACAUUGCGAAGGACACCAGAAAGAUGACUGGUGACCCCAGGUAUCGGUCCAGCGCUGAAAUUGACAGACCGAGCAUGUCAUCUCUCAUUAAGACGUCGUGCACACGGCCGUUGUAUCUUCUUUUCACAGAACCUAUUGUGCAAAGCUUUAGUCUUUGGGUCGGUUUCGUUUGGGGGGUCGUGUACUGCUUGUUCGAAUCCGUCACUACAGAAUUUCAGUCUGUCUACAACUUCAGUGUUCGUGACACAGGGUUUGUACUCCUGUGUCAAAGUGUCGGAGCUAUCAUAGGUUUUUUGGCGAACAUGUAUCAGGAAACCUUGUACCGAAAAUACUUUCCGAUAAAGGGCCAAGAAGCACGGCUAUACAUGCCAUGCGCUGCUGCUGUUGUUCUUCCCGUUUCGAUGUUCAUCUAUGCAUGGACGGCAUCACCCAACAUUCCUUGGAUCGUGCCUCUGAUUGGGCUAACUGCAUUUAUGUCUGGUGUCUUCGUAAUAUUUCAAGUUUCAUUUUUGUAUCUCGCAGACUGCUAUGGCCCAUUUGCCUCCUCGGCUCAAGCGGGACAGGGCUUGGCUCGAAACAUAAUGGCAUUGAGUUUCCCGCUCUUCACACAACAGAUGUUCGCUGGUAUGACAUAUAAAUGGGGACUGACGCUCUGGGCGUUAUUAUCCGUGGUGAUGGCACCAACUCCAUGGGUCCUCUUCUUCUAUGGUUCAAAAAUUCGCUCUCGUAGUAGGGUCUCUCGUAAGAUUCUCGAGGCUGAACGGGACGGCGACACAACUGUUGCUUCUACUCCUACUGAGGAAAAAAGCAUGCAAGUGUGACGAAUUCUUGGUUGUCGUAUCAAAACAGCUGUAAUGCUUUCAUGAUAAAAUCACGACCUGCCCCUGUUAGAUAUAUGUAGACUGCAGGUGAAAUGAAAGACUUCCCGUAGGC